GGGGUUGAGGCAUUUUGAGCAAAUCUUAUUGGUAAAGUUGUGCAUGUUUUGCCCUUUUAAUUUUUUCAGAGAACCAUUUCCUUUCCGUUUUAACCAUAUUACUGUGUCUGCACACAGUUUGCAUUCAGUUUGUCAGCAAAAUAGCUUUCAGUUUUGAUGAUUUAGAUACACUUCUUUGGUGAGGGACAUGCUUGAUAAGCUAGUUCCAUUUUAAAAUGUUUUAUAUAGAAGAUGAUAGUGAAGAUGAGGAGAAGAUUCAUGAAAGCCCUUUAAGCAAGACAGAAGAUGUUUACCAUGGGAAGGCCCCUCCUGGUAUCCUGUCUCAGACCAUGAAUUACGUGGGACAGCUGGCAGGGCAGGUGAUUGUCACCGUGAAAGAACUCUACAAGGGCAUCAACCAGGCCACCUUGUCCGGGUGCAUUGACGUUAUUGUGGUGCGGCAGCAGGAUGGCACAUAUCAGUGCUCUCCUUUCCACGUGCGCUUUGGGAAGCUGGGCGUCCUGCGGUCCAAGGAGAAAGUGAUUGACAUAGAAAUUAAUGGGGAUGCAGUGGAUCUUCACAUGAAAUUAGGCGAUAAUGGAGAAGCUUUUUUUGUGGAGGAGACCGAAGAGGAAUAUGAAAAACUUCCUGCUUACCUUGCCACUUCACCAAUUCCAACUGAAAAUCAAUUCUUUAAAGAUAUGGACACACCUUUGGUGAAACCAGGGGCAAGUGAAAGACCGUCGCAGAGUUCAGACAUCUCUCACAAAUUAGAAUCGGAGACAGUUUUCACUCCAGGUUCUGUGAAAAAGAAAAAGAGGAGGAGAAAGAAGUGUAAACAGGACAGUAAGAAGGAAGACCAGGCCAUCUCCCCAGCUGCAGAAGAUGCCGUGGACGUGGAGCUGAGCUCUGAUGAAGACAAGGGCACCCCAGCAGUAAGAGGAUCUUCAAAUGCUUCCUUAAAGGAAGAAGAAUAUAAGGAACCUUUGCUGUUCCAUUCUGGGGAUCACUACCCCUUAUCUGAUGGAGACUGGUCCUCUUUAGACAGUGCCUAUUCCCCUGUGCCCUGCCCUAAAAGCGAUUCCGAGCUAGAAGUGAAACCCGGCGAGAGCCUGCUCAGAUCAGAGUCACACAUGGAAUGGACUUGGGGAGGCUUCCCGGAGUCCACUAAGGUCAGCAAAAGAGAGAAACCUGCUGAUCAUCAUCCUAGGACAGCUACAAUUACACCAUCGGAAAAUACCCAUUUUCGGGUAAUUCCCCCUGAAGACAACCUCAUUAGUGAAGUUGAAGAUCGUUUUAUGGAAGAAACCGUCUGUACCAUAGUGAAACCCAAACCCAGAGCCCUGUGUAAGCAGAUGAGUGAUGCGGCUCCUGCAGCAGACCCGCUUGAAUGCCCCCCGGAGCCACCUCUGAUUUCAUCUAUGUUAGAUGUGGACAACUUGCCUGCCCCGUCCCUUGUGGAGGCACCCUCGGACUCAAAACCAGCAGCUAAAGUAGACUCGCCAUCCAAGAAGAAAGGUGUCCAUAAAAGAAGUCAACACCAGGGGCCUGAUGAUAUUUAUCUAGAUGACUUAAAGGCUCUGGAACCUGAAGUAGCAGCACUCUAUUUCCCUAAAAGUGAAUCCGACCCUGGCUCCAGGCAGUGGCCUGAGUCGGACACAUUCUCUGGCUCCCAGUCCCCACAGUCUGUGGGCAGUGCCGCAGCUGACAGUGGCACCGAGUGCCUCUCGGAUUCUGCCAUGGACUUGCCGGACGUCACCCUCUCCCUCUGUGGGGGCCUCAGUGAGAAUGGAGAAAUCUCUAAAGAAAAAUUCAUGGAACAUAUUAUUACUUACCAUGAGUUUGCAGAAAAUCCUGGGCUUAUAGACAAUCCUAACCUUGUGAUUCGGAUCUAUAACCGUUACUAUAACUGGGCUCUGGCUGCUCCCAUGAUCCUCAGCUUGCAAGUAUUCCAGAAAAGUCUGCCAAAGGCCACAGUUGAGUCCUGGGUCAAAGAUAAGAUGCCAAAGAAAUCUGGACGCUGGUGGUUUUGGCGUAAAAGAGAAAACAUGACCAAACAGCUGCCGGAGGCCAAGGAAGGGAAAUCUGAAGUGCCACCAGCUAGUGAGCUGCAGCCCAGUGAGAAGGAGCCAGCCAGUGGCAGGCCAGCCGAGGAUGACUCAUCAAGUGACGACGGCUCACAGGAACUGGAAGAAUCCAUCAAAGUGGACCCUGCACCCACUGAGCCCCCGAGUCACAGCAGUGCCACCUCCUAUAAGAAGUCACUGCGACUCUCGUCAGAGCAGAUCGCAAAACUGAAACUGCAGGAUGGACCCAAUGAUGUUGUAUUUAGUAUCACAACCCAGUAUCAAGGUACCUGCCGCUGUGCUGGCACCAUUUACCUGUGGAACUGGAAUGACAAGAUCAUCAUUUCCGACAUCGAUGGGACAAUUACCAAGUCUGAUGCUCUGGGACAGAUUCUUCCCCAGCUGGGUAAAGACUGGACUCAUCAGGGAAUCGCAAAGCUCUACCAUUCCAUCAAUGAAAAUGGCUACAAGUUUCUGUACUGCUCUGCCCGUGCCAUCGGCAUGGCCGACAUGACACGGGGCUACCUUCACUGGGUCAACGACAAGGGCACCAUCCUGCCCCGAGGCCCCCUGAUGCUGUCGCCCAGCAGCCUGUUUUCUGCCUUCCACAGGGAAGUGAUAGAAAAGAAGCCAGAGAAGUUCAAAAUUGAGUGUCUGAAUGAUAUCAAGAAUCUUUUUGUCCCGUCCAAGCAGCCCUUCUAUGCUGCCUUUGGAAACCGUCCAAAUGAUGUGUACGCUUAUACACAGGUUGGGGUUCCAGACUGCAGAAUAUUCACCGUGAACCCCAAGGGUGAAUUAAUCCAAGAAAGGACGAAAGGAAACAAAUCAUCGUACCACCGACUGAGCGAGCUUGUGGAGCACGUCUUCCCGCUGCUCAACAAGGAGCAGAAUUCUGCCUUCCCGUGCCCUGAGUUCAGCUCCUUCUGCUACUGGCGGGAGCCCAUCCCCAAAGUGGACCUGUACGACCUGGCUUGAGGCACAGCAGCUCCGUGAGGUGCUGGGUCACCCGUCCCACCACAGGGAAGAGGACUGACACUUCUGCUGGACAGAGGACUGGACGCACGCUGACACCCUGGCACCAGCUUGGUGGGGGCAGGAACAGGGCCAGCUCCUGGAUUGGAAGCCGCCACAUCCCUCUUCUUUCCAGCUCUGCAGCUUGGUUGGGGUCCGCGGCUCGGGGCCUGCAGGGACAGCGUGGGGAGCUUGUGUGCCGGGUGCUCCUUGAAUUGCGUGCUUGAAAAGGAUGGAACAGGAAAUCAUGCAUGGGCCAAAGCAGUGCACCGAGUAAAGUGUUCUUUCCACUGGGCAGUUGAGAGUAUUUCUCUCGGAAACCCGGCCUUCCUUCAGGAGGGUGCUGUCCACGGAACUGCGCUGCACUGGCCAGCGGCAGGUUCACACCCCCUGCGCACGGUUCUCUGUGGCCUCCCCUGCCACCCUAAAAUGGGACGCUGACCCCCAGGGUUGCUGGCCCCAGCCCCUUCGGCUGUGGCCUUCUCUGACUAUGCACUGCUGGAGGCCCUUCUUGGAUGUAGUUGGCAGGAACAGAUCUUACAGGGUAACCGUGAUGUCCGAGGGGCCAGUUCUAGCCGCCGGCUAAACCACAGCACAAGAUUGUGCUUUCAGGGGAGCCAGGGAAAUGCUGGUGGGCAGUUGAGUCCUAGAAGAGUCUUUCUCUGACCCCUGCCUGCCACUCAUUGUCCCUACCUGAUGAUCGGCCAGCUGCACGCAGCCGCAGACAGCACUGGGGCAGGCUGUGGCCUCUAGGCCCUCCAGGGUAUUGAGAACCAGGAAUUCCAGGCCAGGUGUUGAUGGCCACCUGGGCAGAGAGGUUGGAGGCUGCCAGAGGACCACAGAUGACCAGGCUUAGGUCUUCAAUGUGGGGAGAGAGGGGAGAACCAGGCUUCAGCUAUGGCCCACACUUUGGAGCAUUCCCCCUCCCCUCUGCCUUCCUCUCCGUGCACGGGGGCCCGUCUCAUGCUGUCAGGUGCCCCCCAGCCCCCUGAGAAGCCAGCAGUUGGGAGUGGUGAUUGUUGCAGUCAAGAGUGCUAGAGACCCCACACGUUUCUGGGAGUCAGGGGAGGAUCAGUUUCUAAAAGCUUCUUCCAGGGCAGUGGUGGGAAGUGCCCCGAGGGGACCUAGCAGGCACCUUGUCUCAGGGCCCCCAGUGCACCUGAACUUCCUGUGCUCCACCCCAGUGUCGCCGCUGGGCUCCUGACCUCUGUAUCACGGGAGGUACUCUCCAUACCCUGCUCCCUUUUAGGUGUCCUCUGGAGGGUCUCACUCACUUCUUUCUUGUUCUUGAUGAACUCUUCUCCCCAGCCUGGUGACCCCGGUUGCCUAAGCCCGAAUCAUGGGACCCCAACCUUUGUCCCUAUGUCCAGAAGCACUAUCCUGUGUCAUUUUGUCUCUGCACAUUGAUCCAGUGGGUACAUAUGCUAAUUAACAUGAAUCGUUUUCCUUAUUUAAAGGAGUUCCUCUUGCUGAAAGUAGAUGAUUACUAUUACUAUAGUGUUAUGAAAGUAUUGUUUGUGCUGAAAAUUCAUUGCCAUUUGGUACAAAUGACGUUUGUUCUUUCUGUGAAAGAGAGAUGACCGUGAGUGUGUUUGUACACAGACCCUCCCGGCAGCCAGCUCGGAAGAGGAAGCCUGUGCUCUGGGCGCCAGGCACGAGGGCAAGCAGAGCAGGCUCUGGAAGGUGUUCUCCCCAUGCCGUGUCCCACAUUCCAGUGCCCCCUCCUGACUUUACCAUGUGCCUCCAUGUCCGUGCUCCGGGCUUUGCAGCUGGGGGGUCAGCACACACACACUCAGCCCGUGUAAGCGCUGCAUCAGUUGAGCUAAGAGACAUCCGUGUAGCUCUCAGAAACUCACUUGAGUUCUGGCCUCAGAGCUGCCAGCAAACCACACAGGAUGUGCAUGGCCCUAAGGAUGUGUCCAAGAAGGUGCAGGCAAGGCCUUUAAAAAGUAGGUAGAAAGUCCAUGCUUUCUUGUUCUGCAAGUUGGCCAGAAGAGAAUGCUGCAGGGAGCUCCGUCUGCCUUGCCCGGUGUCACCCUGGGCUCCCUGGGACGCUGUUUCACCCAGCUCAGCACUCUCAGUUUGAUGGAGUUUUUCUUUAAGUGCUCUCUCCAGGUGGAAAUGACUUUUUGAAGGGUUUGUUUCAGUGAGAAAUGGAGUGGGGAACUUUGCUCUUUUAAUUUAAUGAUUACAGUCUUUGAUGAAGUAUUUGAUUAUUAGCAACCUCACUAAUAAGUUUUAAGUUGUCAGAAAUUAAUUGUAACACCGGUUCAAUACUCUUAGUUAUGGCAGAGACGGUUGUCUUAAAAUGAAUGGUUCAUUUUUUGGUGCAGUGUUUGAUGUUCAAAACAAAAUGUUACAACAAUAAAUAAACAUAAAGCAACA